AUGGCGCUUGUGGACUACGGAAGCGACUCGGACGCCUCCGACACCGAGGCCAAGCCAGUUCCACCACCUCAGCCCGUAUCAAAAGCAUCCAAUACCAACUUCUCGAUCGACCGAGCAAAUCCCCAGAAAAUCCAGGUGAAGCUGAACCAUGUCAGCAAGACACAUGAUGACGAGCCGGCGCCGAAGCGAGCACGCUUGACUGGUGGGGGUGCUGGAGGAGGAUUCAAUGCUUUGCUGCCACCACCCAAGCGGACCACCGAGCAAGCCGCCGCAAAGACCAAGGCGCCCGCGCGGAAGGUGUUUAGUCUGAAGACGGGCGCGGAAGCCGCGUUCUCAAGGGAGAGUGAUGCGGAAUUGAGGGCGUUGUUCGACGAGGAUGGCGGCAAUGGCAACGCUGGAGUCGGCGCGGAUGUGACGAUCCCAGAUGUGCCUAAGAAGGCAACAAUCUUGGACGACGAGGUGCCGAAAACGAAUGGCAAUGCAUUCAUGUUCAAGCCGCUCUCGGUAUCACACAAGAAGAAGAAAAGACCUCUGACGUCUGCGAUAUCGAAAGGGCCAUCGCCCACUCCAGCAGCAUCAGGACCUACAGAAACCACAUCAAUACCUUCACAGUCCACCACUACCGUCCCACCAAAGCAGAAAAUGAGCCUCUUCUCAGCACACUCGGAUACAGAUAUCGAGCCCCUCGCUCCAGACCCCAUUCCAGCACCCACCCACCAGGACGAAGACCCCUACGACUCCGUCACAGCAGACUACGCCACCAUCUCCUCACAACGAUUUCAAUCAUUGUCCGCCCCACAAGACCUCGACUCGAUCGCCACCGACCUAAACCUCACCACCGCCCAACGCCGCCAACUCUUCGGCCGCAACGGAAACGACUCCUCCGCCAACAUUUCCAAAAUCGUGAACUUCAACACCGACGCCGAGUACGCCGCGAAUGAAGUCCUUCGCGGCGACGCUGCUGCAGUGGCACAAGCGCAGCAUAAUCCUGUAAGGGCGAUCGCUUCAGGCAAGCAUAGUUUGAGGCAGCUGGUGAGUUCGGCGCAGGGCCAGAAGGAGGCGUUGGAGGAGAGUUUUGCGGCGGGACGGAGGAAUAAGCGGGAGGCGGGCAAUAAAUAUGGGUGGUGA